CUCACCCCCGUCUCAUCCAAUGGCGCCUCCAAGCGACCGCAAUGGCCGCCGCCGCCGCCGCGCGCUGCUCCUCCCGCUGCCGUACCACGGCCACGUCAACCCCAUGCUCCGCCUCGCGGCCGCGCUGCACGCGCGGGGCCUCGCCGUCACCGUCGUCCACGCGGAGACGCGCGUGCCCGACCGCCGCAGCCUCCCCGCCGGGUGCGAGCUGGUCACCGUGCCGGACGGGAUCCCGCCGGAGCUGGCCGCUUCCAACGACAUCCCGUCGUUCGUCUUCGCGCUGAACAGGAACUGCGCGGCGCCGUUCCGAGACCUCCUCGCCGCCGCGCUCCGGGAGGACGACGACGGGCGGCGCGUGGCGUGCGUGGUCGUCGCCGACGUCGACUGGUUCGCGCCGCUCACGGCGGCGAGGGAGCUGGGUGUGCCGGCGCUGGCGCUGAUGACGAGCAGCGCGGCGAGGUUCAGGGUGUACAUGGCGUACCGGCGAUUGAGUGAGAUGGGCUAUUUGCCAGUCCAAGAGUCAAAUAUGGACAAACCAGUGGACGAGCUGCCGCCAUUGCUGGUGCGAGACCUGCACGCCCGGAUGGACACGGCCCGGCACGUCGCCUACGCCGACCUGCUCGACCACAUCGUCGCCGGCGUGCGCCAAUCCUCCGGCCUCAUACUCAAUACCUUCGACGCCAUCGAGCGCGCCGACGUCGAGCACAUCCGGCGGGACACCUCCAUCCCGGUGUUCCCCGUCGGCCCGCUCCACGCGAUCUCGCCGGUGGCGGCGCCGCAGCAGAGCGGCGCGCUCCCGGAGGAGGACCGCAGCUGCCUGGCAUGGCUGGACACGCAGCUCCCGGGAUCCGUGCUGUUCGUCAGCUUCGGAACCCUAGUCUCCAUCGACGCCGACGAGCUCAUGGAGCUGGCCUGGGGCCUCGCCGGCAGCAACCGCCCUUUCCUGUGGGUGGUCCGGCCGAGGCUGGUGCGCGGGCGUGACUCCGUCGAGCUCCCCGGCGAGCUGCUCCAGGAGAUACGUGGGAGAGGGGUGAUCGUUAGGUGGGUUCCACAGGAGGAGGUCUUGAGCCAUCCCGCGAUUGGCGCGUUCGUGACACACUGUGGGUGGAACUCGACGCUAGAGAGUAUUUCUAAAGGCGUGCCAAUAAUAUGCAAGCCAUGUGGUAGUGAUCAGCUUGGAACCGCACGGUAUGUGUGUGAUAUGUGGAAGGUGGGUGUUAGGGUUGAGAUCAAGGAUAAGGUAACGAGAGAGGGGAUACAGGUGGCAAUCGAGAGAUUGAUGGAUGGAAAAGAAGGUGAAAUGGUGAGAGAUAGGAUCAUUGAGAUGAGUGAUGUGGUGUCGAAAUGUACCAUGAAAGGUGGUUCUUCUGAGUUAGCCAUGAAUGACUUGGUUGAUUUUAUCGAGUCAUCAUAGAAAUUAGUGCUAUAAUUUCUACCUUUUAAUUAACAAUUGAGUGAAUACUUUGUUAUGAGAAUUAUGCUUAUGAGUAUAUUGUAUU